GUUUGGGUCCUUUCGUUGUGUGCGCACAGCCGGUGGUUCUGGAAGCUUCUGACAUUUCUUGGUUGCCUCGGUGAAAUCGUGGAAAAGUAAUCCAAGCCCAUCCGUUCUUUUGGAUGCCCUUUGUAUAGGAAACGGUUAUUACACAAUAUUGGGGGUUAAAAAAGUUUUUCAUCAGCACUAAGCAGCUGCCUUUGAAUUGAACAUCAUGCCAGAAAUCGCCGCUCCUCGGAUGACUAAUGGAAAAAGUCAAAGAAGUGCCUAUGUUGACCGAGACAAGCCAGCUCAGAUCAGGUUUAGUAAUAUUGCAGCAGGCAAAGCUGUUGCAGAUGCCAUCAGGACAAGCCUUGGCCCAAAGGGCAUGGAUAAAAUGAUACAGGAUGGAAAAGGUGACGUUACCAUAACUAAUGAUGGUGCCACCAUCCUUAAACAAAUGCAAGUUAUGCAUCCUGCAGCUAAGAUGCUGGUAGAACUUUCCAAAGCACAAGACAUUGAAGCUGGUGAUGGGACCACUUCAGUUGUUGUCAUUGCUGGCUCUUUAUUAGAUGCCUGUGCUAAAUUGCUUCAGAAAGGUAUCCAUCCUACCAUUAUUUCAGAAUGUUUUCAGAAAGCUCUUGAUAAAGGCCUUGAAGUUUUGACUGCUAUGAGCCUGCCUGUGGAACUGAGUGACAGAGAUUCUCUGUUGAAUAGUGCCAGUACUUCCCUUAGUUCUAAGGUUGUUUCCCAGUAUUCAAGCCUUCUUGCGCCCAUCAGUGUCAAUGCAGUAAUGAAGGUGAUAGAUCCUGCAACUGCAACUAGUGUGGACCUUCGAGAUAUCAAAAUUGUGAAGAAGUUGGGUGGCACCAUAGAUGAUUGUGAAUUGAUUGAUGGACUGGUUUUAACUCAGAAAGUCAUCAGCUCUGGUAUUACUCGGGUUGAAAAGGCAAAGAUUGGAUUGAUUCAGUUCUGCUUAUCGGCUCCAAAAACAGAUAUGGACAACCAGAUUGUUGUUUCUGACUAUGCGCAGAUGGACAGAGUAUUACGGGAAGAAAGGGCUUACAUUCUGAAUUUAGUAAAGCAAAUUAAGAAGGCUGGGUGCAAUGUUCUGCUGAUUCAAAAGUCCAUUUUGAGGGAUGCUCUAAGUGAUUUAGCGCUUCACUUUCUAAAUAAGAUGAAGAUUAUGGUCAUUAAAGAAAUUGAGCGAGAUGAUAUAGAAUUUAUAUGCAAGACAAUUGGAACAAAACCUGUUGCUCAUAUUGAUCAAUUUACACCUGAGAUGCUGGGUUCAGCUGAUCUUGCAGAAGAAGUGAACUUAGAAGGCUCAGGCAAGCUUGUCAAGAUUACUGGUUGUACUAAUCCUGGAAAAACGGUUAGCAUUGUUGUUCGUGGAUCCAACAAACUUGUCAUUGAAGAGGCUGAGCGCUCCAUUCAUGAUGCUCUAUGUGUGAUCCGUUGCUUAGUAAAGAAGAGGGCUCUGAUUGCUGGUGGUGGAGCUCCAGAAAUUGAACUGGCUCUGCGUUUGGCAGAAUAUGCUCGAACACUAAGUGGCAUGGAGGCAUGCUGUGUUCGAGCUUAUGGUGAUGCCCUUGAAGUCAUUCCAUCCACUCUUGCAGAAAAUGCUGGCCUGAAUCCAAUAUCUACUGUCACUGAACUGAGAAACAGACAUUCACAGGGUGAAAAGACUGCUGGCAUUAAUGUUCGAAAGGGGGGCAUUUCAAACAUCUUAGAGGAGCUGGUUGUGCAGCCUCUGCUGGUUUCCAUCAGUGCAUUGUCUUUGGCCACUGAGACUGUGCGUAGCAUUCUCAAAAUAGACGACGUGGUGAGUAUUAUUUACUAGCAAUUGGCAUAUUAAAUAAACAGAGAAGCAUCCAAGAACUUGGUGUUUUGUACAGCAGGCCAAGCUUAAGAUCGGAGUGAAAUAUUAUGGACUGAAACCAAAUACCUCCUAUACUGUCUCUAGGCUGUGUAUCUGUGUUAAUUACUUAAUUUAAUAAACAUUUUGAAAGUAAA